UUCCGGUUCUGCGGUGGCAGGGGCGCGUCUGAGACACUCACUUGCGUCCUCAGAGAGGAAGAGAAGAAGCUGUGUUCCUGGUCAAGGUGAGACACUGAGAGGGCCACCCGGGAAGGCCUUACACCAGACAGAGGGCCCCGGCGUGUCCUGCUCCGCCCCUGCCGUCGACCCCGCUCCCCCCGGGGCUCAAGUGUUGAGUUGAACGCGGCUGGCCCGUUCCACAUCCGGGGACCCUGGCAGUCGGAGCCUCGCUUUGACGGGGAAGACUCAGCUCGGCCGAGGGCCGGGCCACAGACCCUGCCUGAUUACCGAGGACUGAGGGUCCCCAUCACAGCCGCUGCCGGCCCUCGUGCCAGCUGCCCCCGGGAAAGCUAUGAUGCCUCGUGGUCGGAAACAUCGCCUCUGCAAGUUUGAGGGAGGCCUUCAGGCCCAGGGAGAGGAUGCUCAUUUGCCCGCGUACGGAGAAGAGGAGGCCACUACUGCCGGCUGCUCCCCCUCUGCUCUGAUCCAGGGUACCCACAAGGAGGAGCCUGCAGCUGGGGUCCCUAGUCCUCCUGAGAACCCUCAUGGAGCCUCCUCCAGCACUGCCAAAUCAUCUUCUGCAUACAGCCAAUCUGAUGAGAGCUGCACCUGGCAGGAAGAAGAGGGCCGGAGCACCUGGCAGUACCUGGAAGACACAGAGUCUAAGCUCCGAGGUGCGCUGGCCGAGAAGAUGGCUGAGCUGGUGAGGCUGCUGCUCCUCAGGUAUCUCAGCAGGGAGCCGAUCACCGUGGAAGGGAUGCUGAGUUGUGUCACCGAGAAUUACGAAGACUACUUCCCUGGGAUCUUCUGCAAAGCCUUUGAGUGCAUCCAUCUGAUCUUUGGCAUUGAGAUGAAGCAAGCAGACCCCACUGGCCAUUUGUAUGUGCUUGUCCCUGCAUUGGGCCUCACUUGCCAUGAUGUGCUAGGGGGUGAUCAGUGCAUACCCAAGACUGGGCUCUUGAUAGCCAUCCUGGGUAUCGUGUUCAUCGGUGGUGGGCGUGUCCAUGAGGGGCAGAUCUGGGAAGCUCUGAGUGUAAUGGGGCUGUUUGUUGGGGUAGAUCAUUGCAUCUACGGGGAGCCCAGGCAGCUCGUCACCAAAGACUGGGUGCAGGCAGGCUACCUGGAGUACCGUAGGCAGGCAUCCAAGAGCAGCAGUGCUCACUAUGAGUUUCUGUGGGGUCCAAGGGCCCACGCUGAAACCAGCACAAUGAGAGUCCUGCAGUAUUUAGCCAAGUGCAGUAGGAAUGAUCCCAGAUUCCACCCCGCAGUGAAAGGAAAGGCCGUGAGAGAUGAGGAAGGGGGCAUGCCAGCAACAGGUGCAGGUGGUGCCAGUGGGAGUGAGGGAGGGCGGCAGGGUUGAGCCAGGGUUUGGGUGGGUAGCUUCUCUCCCCUGUGAAAGGUGGCCUAUUCGUUAUUCGUACCUGGAAUGCAGCAGUGAGAGUUCUGGCUAAUGGAGGCCAGCGUGCCUUUUACAGUCAUGGGGUCUCGAGGUUUCGUGCUCCGCUUCUGUGCAAGUUAUCUAGAAAGUACUCUUUUUUUUUUUUUUUCCGCCCGUUCUGGUAUUUAAAAUGGUUUUCCUAUUAAGCAGAUGUCUUUAGAUUCUGUAUCCGUGUAGGUGCUGCUCAAUCAUUACACACUUAUUGCUGAACGUAGAGUUUUGGCAUAAGAGUUUUGCUGUUUGCUCUUGAAAUUGAAAAAUGCAUCUCUCUCUGUUCUGGUUCAAGAUAGCAUAGCAGUGGAGCAGAUAUUUCUUUGGAAAGGGAAAGAAUUUAGCAGCAAAAUGGAUGGGAUGACCAGAGACAAGCAAGGAGAACGCAUCCAUUCAUCCUUUACCCCAUGAGGGCAAUCCUGUAAAGUUAGUAUGCGUGUACGCACACAGCUGGAUUUGCUAGGCUGAUAUGGAAAUGGAAAGCUACUAAGUGUUAAUAAACAAGUUCCU